UGAGUCGGCGUUCCGGUUCUUUGCAUAGGUUAGAUAGAACGAGUGGUUUCUCUCUCUACAACGAAGAUGAUGACUGCGGUGGCUGCAACAACGCGAAGAUCACGGCGGCCGUCUCAAAACCAGCCACCAACCGAUAAGGGUUUGGACGUGGCUGUGCUGGACGGCAGUGACAGUUUGAUGAAGAAGAAGAGAUCUGCUCAGAGUGAUGGCAAUGGGAAACAGAAGAAAGCUAGACCAGCACUUUUGGGCCGCAUAAUGACCCGUUCCGCAUUGCAGAAGCAGCAGUUGGAGAAGGAAGAAAACAGGCGCAUCCAGGAGAGCCGUGGUUUGGACGUGACGGCAGCGGAAGGCAAUGACAGUUUGAAGAAGAGGAAGAGAUCUGCCCAGAAUUAUGGCAAUGGUAAACAAAAGGAAAGUUCCGCAUACAAGCAGCAACAGGUGGAGAGGAAGCUGCUGCUAAGGGAAGAAAUUAGGCGCAUCAAGGAGAGACGUGAGUUUGAUUUUGGGGACAUUCCUCCCUUGAUGGAUUAUGACAUCUAUGGAUUAGAUGGUUCGGAUGAACCAUGUUGGGCUGAAAGGUCUCUCUAUCCUGCUCCGAAGGUGUAUGAGGAUUUGGCAAAGAUUGGUCUUAAAUCUUACAACUGCCAACUUUACACAUCGUACCAGUUCACCAAAAUCCUCAGGGUAUAUUUCCGUGAAGAUUCGGUUGAUGUUACUCUUUUCAGCAUCUUUUUCCAGGCCGAGGAUAAGUCGGUUGCUUCUCCCGAGGAUUUCAGAAUUGUAGUGGGUUCUGUUCCCGACGAUAUUACUGUGGUCUCCUCUUGCAGGAAGGAGAAGGACCGCUUUGGAAGUCUUGCCUGCUGCCUUUUAUCCGAAUAUUAUAUUGGAAGGAAGAGAUCGUAACUUAUGUUGAACAGUGCAUUUGCUGUGGUGACUAUUGUGUCAUAGAGUGCUAAAAUUGGUAAGCUGUUUGAGUUUUGUCGAUCAAUUCCAGUAAUGAUGUUUUAGGAACUAGGUGCAGGGUGGCGUGCAAAGCACGCCCGACAUGCCCGUUGUGGAGAUUUUUUUCUGAUUGUUUUUAAUGCAUUAGUUUGACUAAGUAUUUGAUCAUAGCAAAAGUUAGAUGUUUCAGUUAUG